AUGGACGGCUUCCAGACGAAGACGCUGGUGACGCGACGUUCGCUGCGGUACACGUACUAUGUCUCGCCAUCGCGCGAUGCUGACCGUAAGCAUCCGGCCCUACUCUUUGUUCACGGUUUCCCGGACUCGGCCCAUCUCUGGUCAGACGUGCUGGCCGCCCUGGCCGACCGGCCGAACAAGAUGAUCGUGCCGGACUGCCUGGGCUACGCCGGCACAGACAAGCCGAUUGAUACGAGCCUGUACGCCUACGACGGCCAGGCUGAUGAUCUCGCCGACAUCCUGGCGGCUGAAGGCGAGCGCGAGCACGAGACCGUCAUCAUCGGCCACGACUGGGGCAGCGCCCUGGUGCAGCGAACGUCUCUGCGCCACCGCGCGCUCUUCCGCGCCGUCGUCCUGCUCAACACCGGUUACAUGGUCCCGUCGGCCGAACCGUUCGACCUCCAGACCGUCAACGCGCUCACCGAGCAGGCCUUUGGCUACCCGCAAUUCUCGUACUGGGAGCUCUUCACAGCUCCCGACGGCGCUUCCGUCAUCGACAGCCACCUCGACCGCAUGUGGAUGGUCCUGCACGGCGACGUCGACGACUGGAUGCGCAAGAUGUUCUGCACGCCCGGCGCCAUGCGCGCUUUUCUCCUCGGUAGCGACGACGUGCCGCUCAGGCCGUAUGCCCAGGAGCCCUCCCGCAAGGACCGCUUCCUCGCCCAGUUUCGGGCCGACGGCUUCGCCUCCGCCCUGCAGAUGUACAAGGCUACCGUUGAGAACCUACAGCGGCCGUCCGACAUCGCCCUGGCCGCCGGCAACCUCGCCAUCGACGUGCCUCUGCUGUUCGUCAUGUGCACGCAAGAUGCCGUCUGCCGGCCCGAAGUCAUGAGCCCGGCCAAAGCUGCCGGCCUGGUUCCCCUGCUCCAGGAAGUCACCAUCGAGUCCGCUCACUGGUCGCCAAUGGAGAAGCCGGGCGAGAUUGCCACUCACAUCAGAGCGUUUGUGGACAAUUUGUGA